AAAGGAAUAUAUAGAUAUUUUUGUCUCUUUCUGACUUCUCUCCACAGCGCAAUGGCAUCCCAAAAGAAGUUGCAGGGUCUUGUGGCAGCUACAGUCACUCCGUUGACUUCAGAUGGAAAAAUUAACCUGUCUGUGAUUGGUCAGUAUGUGGAUUACCUGGUAGAUAAGCAGGGAGUGAAAAAUGUUUUUGUGAAUGGCACAACAGGAGAAGGGCUGGCGCUGAGCUCGCAGGAGAGGAAGCAGCUGGCAGAAGAAUGGGUGAAUCAAGGGAAAAAAAAGUUGGAACAUGUGAUCAUUCACGUGGGAGCAUUAAGUCUACCAGAGUCAAAGGAACUGGCCAGACAUGCAGCUGAAAUAGGAGCCAGUGGCAUCUCUGCAAUAGCCCCCUUUUUUUUUAAACCUAAAAACAAAGAUGCCCUGGUUGCUUUCUUAAAGGAAGUUGCAUCUGAAGCCCCUCACAUUCCAUUUUACUACUAUCACAUUCCUCCUUUAACAGGUGUAAAGAUUUGUAUUGAGGACCUGUUGGAUGGAAUAAAAAAGCAGAUCCCCACCUUCCAAGGCGUGAAAUACAGUGACACAGACCUCUUGGACUUUGCGCAGUGUAUGGACAAGUAUAACAAGGAGCAAUUUCUGUUACUCUACGGGGUGGAUGAGCAACUGUUAAGUGCUCUGGCAGUGGGGGCAACUGGAGCAGUUGGAAGCACUUACAACUACUUGGGCCAAGCAAACAACUUGAUGUUCCAGGCUUAUGCAAAUCAGGACUUUGCCUUAGCUAGGAAGUAUCAGUUCUGUAUUGGGGAAUUCCUCAGCUUUGUAUUCAAACUAGGUUUCGGUGUUGCACAGACUAAAGCGAUCGUGACUUCCUUGUCUGGCAUUCCAAUGGGUCCCCCACGACUUCCACUCAUGAGUGCCUCUGAAGAGUUUAUCACGAAAGCAAAAGCCAAGCUGGACAGCCUACCAUUCCUCACCACUUACCCAGCCAAGUGAUUUGAUAUUAAUGUGGAUCUGGAGGUUUGGGGCCUUUCUCCAUUGUUGUGAUCCACCUGAAUGUCCCUGCUGGGACGCACCGACUUUUUUCAGGGAAUUUGACUUUCUGUCAGGGGUGACCUUGGUGGUCUAUAACUAACCUUCUUUCUCUUAGCUUUAUGUGGAGGGGAAACUCUACAGUAGUUGCCUUUGCACCAUAGGGC